AUGAGAGCCCUAUUGCUUCGACAGCCUGUGUUGGCUCUAGCAGUAUGGAUCAACCUCUUGAUCUUUGUUCAUGCCGCUCAGGAUAUCAAUGGAAAGGCUGUUCUCAGACUUGGAGAUGUCGUCCCAGUCGAUACUCCAGGCAGCUACUACUCGGAGCUUCAUCCCUGUCCAGCCGCUUGUCUGGAUAACAAGCCAAAUAACUGGACUGUUUACUCUUCGAUUGAUCGUCUGAAUCUCUGCAAUCAACCUAUGCUGUUUGAGAUGGGAAUUCACAAGCCUGUCGGCAAAGGGAAUGGCGUCAGAUUACAUGCAUGCACAGUUGGUGACAGCCGCAAUGCCAACACCACUGUGAACGCACUCUUUGAAGCUUCUAGUGAAGCCAAGAACUUGACCAAGCGCGCAGAGUCCAACUGCGUAGCUGCUACUGCUGCCACCAAGAUUGCCCUCGAUUAUGGAGAGCAGGGCACGAGCGAUGCUUUUGUUGAUGAUGCGGUGGUGGCUUUGGAGAGCCUGCAGGCUUACUUGGAAGACGACUCAAAUUGUGACUCCUCCAUUUCGUUUGCAUACUCCAAUGGCACAGUAGCUGGCAUCUACAUGGGCUCUUCAUUCGACAAACGCACAGUCAAGCCCGUGGUCUCCCAGCUCAUUGAUCACAUCAAGACGUUCAAUCAAGCAGGCUCCAUGACUGUUCAAUUGUGCGGCGAAGAUCGCAACUCUAAUCAUGUUCUGGGUCUUGCUCUCGAUACAACAGGAGACAUUGCCACAGUGCAGAGCGCCAUUCGCUCUUGGUCCAACGGAGAAUGUGCCAGCGAACUGAAAAAAUCUUCUGUCUGGGAAGACGUGCAUAUUUGGGAAUCUACCGCAGAUUUGAAGCCAAUCAGCCAAGCAGCUGAGCGCGGUCUGGAAGCACGAGCAGAAUGCACGACAAUCCGAGUGGCCGCAAAUGAAUACUGCCCUGCCCUGGCUAAACGAUGUGGAGUCAGCCUAGCCGACUUCCAAAAGUAUAACCCCGGCAAAACCUUCUGUAAUACUCUUCAAGAAGGCCAGCCCGUCUGUUGUACGUCUGGCACGUUGCCUGAUAUCACCCCAAAGCCAGAGGCAGACGGAACUUGCAACACUUACACUGUCCAGCUUGGUGAUAAUUGUUCGAAACUUGCGGCAACAUAUGGGUUGACCGAAAAGAAGAUUGACGAGUUCAACAAUGGCACUACAUGGGUAAAGGAAAGCCCCCCCAUGCCGGCUCCAAUCGCCAACGCGCUGUGUGGGCCGACCAAGCCCGGGUCUAAGAAGCCUACCGAUGAUACCGAACUUGCAGAUUUGAACCCAUGCCCGCUGAAUGUGUGCUGCAACAUAUGGGGCCAGUGUGGUAUCAAUCAGGAAUUCUGUCUCAAGGAGCCUGGGCCUUCCAAGAACCCAGGAACUUCGCUACACCAGAACGGUUGUGUGUCCUCCUGUGGAACAAAAAUCACCAACAAAGGAACUGCUCCAGCACAGUAUGGUCGAGUUGGCUAUUAUGAAACUUGGAACUUUGAUCGAGAGUGUCUGAAUCUUCGUGCCCAAAAUGCCAAUACCGAUGGUAGCUACACGCAUAUGCACUGGGCGUUUGCUGGAGUCAACAAGGCUGACUGGACAGUCAAGAUCAAUGACUCGUUUGGUCAAUGGGAUGACUUCAAGGAUCUUGGUCUCAAGCGAAUUAUUUCAUUCGGUGGCUGGGGAUACUCAACAGAGCCGGAGACAUAUAAUAUCCUGCGAGAGGCGAUGGCGACCCCCGACGCUCGCAAUACCUUCGCCACCAAUGUUGCCAAAUUUGUGAAGGAUGAGGGUCUCGAUGGUGUGGACUUUGAUUGGGAAUACCCAGGGGCUAUAGAUAUUGACGGCACUCCUCCGGGUCUUGCGACAGACGGUCCCAAUUAUCUCAAAUUUUUGACCACUAUGCGCUCCAAAUUAGGAACAGGAAGUAGUUUGUCUAUUGCUGCUCCAGCUUCCUACUGGUAUCUUAAAUCAUUCCCCAUCAACAACAUGGCCAAGCAGCUUGACUACAUUGUUUACAUGACUUACGACUUGCACGGACAAUGGGAUGCUGGUAAUCAGUGGGCCACAGAGGGUUGCGCGGAAGGAAAUUGUCUUCGUAGUCAUGUGAAUCUCACCGAGACUGAGUACGCACUUUCCAUGAUCACCAAGGCGGGUGUCUCGACAAACAAAAUUUUUGUGGGCGAGUCAAGCUACGGCCGUUCAUUCAAAAUGUCAGAGAAGGGCUGCACGGGACCCGACUGCAAGUUCGAGGGCACACGAUACGACUCCAAAGCAAAGAAAGGUGUCUGUACAGACACCGCUGGUUAUAUUUCUAAUGCUGAGAUUGGUCGGAUCAAGAACUUAAACCCUAACGUUAAAACUUGGCAUGACGGUGACUCAAACAGUGACAUAAUGGUCUACGAUGAUACUGAAUGGGUCGCCUACAUGGCCCCGGCCACCAAGAACAGCCGUCGAUCUUACUGGCAAGGAAUGAACUUUGCCGGUACCAUUGACUGGGCAGUCGAUCUGCAGGAGUACACAGACGAUGAUUUCGCAGGCCCCGAUGGCGAUAGUAUGGACGAUGGCUUCCCAAUGCCGGACUUACCUGAAUGCAAAGGCUCAUACGACUCUCUGGAUGCCAUUGAAGACGAUAUGGGCAAAAUACCCAAAGGCUGCUUGUCCCAAUACAUACUGAAGGUCCUGAAAGACACUCUCGAUGAUGCCUUGAAACGUUACGACGACAUGAUAGCAGACGACUAUGACAAAGACUUCGACUACUACGCCCAAGCCGUGGUCGACAGUGGACGGGACCAGGUCGAAAGCUUCAUGUACCAGAAUGGAUCAAACUACUUCACCUGCAUUGUGACCGAGAUGGUUCCCGAUUGUGGCUUCUGCAAGAACCAGUGGGGGAAAGACAGCGACGUCUACUGUCGUUACUGUGAGGAUUACGACAAUGGCUGGGACCCAAUUUGCGACCAGCCCGAGGUUAACUGUGAGGGUGUCGAGAACAGGUACAAGAACGUGACGGAGCCAUGUCCGCCAGACUAUUCAUUGCGCGCGCAGACACCUCCACAAGAUUCGCGCUGGUCUCAGUCGGUGUACUGGCAUCUGGUGGCCUCCAAGGCCAAGAGUUUCUGGGCAGACUUAUACACCACGAAAGGCAUAGCCCAGGAGAAUAUCAGAUGGGACAAUGUCCAUCAUUGGGAGUGUGCACCUUCCGAUAAAACAUGUGGAAACCGAGACUGGGAUUAUAACUUCCCUGUACCCGACGGUUAUGACAAGGACGACGUUCUCAACCCGAAAGACGUUGUAUCUGACGCUCACAAGAAUGUCACACUUCUCAGCACUGAGAUGUCCAGGGCUCUUGAUCUUAUGACCAAGGGGUCUUUCUCACUUGAUGCGGAUGAUUUAGUAGACGCAUUGUCGCUUCCAAUCUCAAUGAUCGCGGAUGCUGUUGAUAGCAUGGAGAAGGUCAAGGAGAUUGGAGAGAAAAUUGAAGAGACCAAGCGGCAAGCAAUUCUCAUGGCUUUCCUGACUGCCAUCUUCUUCUUUAUCCCAGUGGUUGGUGAAGUUGCUGGUGCUGUCAGUUCCAUGGCAGCCAUUGGCCGAAUUGUCGCACUGUUGGGAGAAGUUGGUAAUGUCGCUCUAGACAUUUAUACCAUCGUUGACGACCCCAAGAACGCACCACUGGCUAUCUUUGGACUUAUCCUCUCCCCAUUGGCUCUUACCGAUGCAGUGGCCAUCGGCCGCGCCGCCAGUGCUCGUCGUUCCAUGUCUGCGGACGAUGUAGCUAAGCUGGGCGAAGGUCUGAACGCCAGGCUGAGCAAAAUCAGCAACAUUAAGAAUGUGUGUCGUAUCUGA